AUUUCCCUGCUUACAUUUGAGGAGAAGAUGGAAACUACAACAUUUGAUUACGACUAUGUCACUGAUGGCUUGAAGCCGGAAGAAAUAUGUAACAGUGAAGCUGUAAACGUUCUGGGAGCUCAAAUUUCCUACAUUUACUACUUCAUGUUUCUCUUCAGUCUGGUUGGCAACGGGCUGGUCCUGGUCAUCAUCCAUCGGUUUGAGAGGCUGACCACUGUGACCAACAUUUUGCUGCUGAACCUAGUGAUGUCCUCCUUGAUCUUCAUGAGCAGCCUUCCAUUCCAUGGAGUGUACAUGCAGCUCUCUAACUGGAUCUUUGGCAACGUUAUGUGUAAGAUUGUAGGUAGUGUCUACUACCUGGGCUUUUACAGUUCUGUCCUGUUUCUGGCUCUCCUGACCUUUGACCGACACCUCGCAGUCGUUUACUCCUUGGGUGCGCAACGAAUGAGAAGUCAACGCUACGCGUUACUCUGCUGUGCUGUGGUGUGGCUGGUCAGCAGUCUGGCGUGCAUCCCGUCGAUGAUUCUAUACAGAACUGUUUAUUACCCCGUUGAUAAGGCAACACUCUGUCAGGAAGUUCCUGGUAACUUCACAGAUGAUACUGUAACCCAUCUGAGAAAUUCUGCAUUUUACAUUCAGCUUUUUCUUUUCUUGCUCUUUCCUCUGAUUGUUGUUGUGUACUGCUAUGUGAGGAUUGCUAUCACUAUCAUAUCAUCCAAGAUAGUUACCAAGUUCAAGACAGUCAGGUUGAUAUUUGUCAUUGUCCUGUUAUUUUUUAUUUGCUGGAUCCCAUACAAUGUUGUACUACUGACUGACAAUGGAAGCGUGGACUGUGAGGAAAGGAGGAGGAGGGGUUAUGCAGAACAAGUCACUCGUAAUCUUGCCUACAUUUACUUCUGCAUCAGUCCCAUCUUCUAUACAUUUGUUGGGAAAAAGUUCCAAAACUACUUCAGACAGAUGGUGGUAAAAUGCUUCCCAGGGUUAAAGAAGUAUAUUUCUGUUGAUCAGGUCAGCAGAAGUAAUAUGUCCACAAAAACUACAUCAAAUAAAUGAGCAGUGUCAGACUCUGACCUGCCCUGAGGACCCGAGCUUGAGGAAGCUUUUCCUGACAACACUGCAUUUGGAUCCUCAACAAAAUGUUAGUAUAAUUUGUAACAAAAAAAAAAUUAGAAGUGUAAAGUUUAAUGCUUUUUGUUAUGAUAAGAACAGUUUUAACUGUGCAUAAUUAAUUCUUUAUUGAACACCAGUAUUAGCCAGGUCCAAAUAAAGUGAGCUUUUCCAAAACAGUGAGUCAUGCAUCAGCAUGCACACUCAUUCUCCAUACCUGUAUCUAUAUCUGCUCUGAUUUCGUCAUUUGUUUAAUCUUGUUGUUUAUGUUCUUUUUAUUAGUUCUGUUUAUAAUGAAUCAUGUCAGUUGAUGUUGUACAGUGAUGUUUUAUUAUCUGGCAAGUUGCUCACAUUUCAUGUAAUGCACAUUUUUACUUGGAAAUAAAACUGUGAG